GGCUCCUAUGUUAACAGCUGUCUGCAUGCUCUGACGAGACACUCAUUCAAUGCCAUCACACAUGCGUGGAGACACCGUUUAUAGCUUACCAUGGGACGUAACGUAGGGCGUUAUGUUACAAAGUGACAACCCAGGAAGAUAUCUCCGUGCAUUGUUCACAUAAAGAGGCGGAUAUUACCCAAACGUUGUAGAAACUCCAUCGUCAUCUGAUGAAUCGAUGCUAAAAACAGACACUUGGAAAAUCCAUUGAAACCGAUAUAGAACCGAAGACAUCGUCCGCAAGUAGGUACAUGUGAUCAUUAUGAUUAACACAGGCAUAUUACUGGAGAAAUAUGUAUUUGUGGUAUUGUGUGUUCGGAGCUGAUGACACUGUGGCACCGUGGUGUGGUAGCGAUAUCAGUGAAGAUUAUUAUGUGCGAAAGGGGACAAUAUGGCGGAGGUCAUGGUUGAAUUCCUUUUCACAACGCUUGUAAAGAGCGGGCAUGGUGGAGUGAUGGUGACGAACCCAGGCGUCUUGUGUGACGUCACCCAGCCUGAUGUGAGGACUGUGGGGAGGGAAUCAGACGGAUAGUUCCUUGAAGUACACUGGGAGACAAUUGGACAGGGCAGAAGAGUACCAUGCUGAUUCAAAAGCUGUCGGAAUAAGCUGGUUUGUCACUUUACCAUUUGAAGUCGGAGGACGAUUACACAAGCAUGGACGACAAAGAGAGACAAGCUCUUCAAGAACUCCACUUGAAGUUUAUGGAGGAUCUUGAUCCCUGGGAAAUAAUGAUAGACUUCUUGUUUGAUAGGAAGUGUUUCAAUACCACGCAUGUCAAUAGGCUCGAAAGCAUUCAAGAUAAAAGAACUUGCCGACAUUAUUUUCUGGAGUUAGUUCCCAAGAAGUGUUCAUUUUCAACAUUUAUAGACGGUCUUAUGUACAAUGGCUAUCAUGCACAUUUAGCUGAACUGCUUCAACAGAAGGUUCAUGACAUACAGAACAGAACAGAGUCCCAUGCUGAUCCCAUGUCGAGCGACGAUGAUGAAGACGACGCCAUGUUCCUUGUCGCUAGUCGACCCAAUGCGCGCGGACGUAAGAGAAGACAGCUAGAUAAUGUGACCAAUGGGAAGAGGUUACGCAAUGAGUCGCCAAGUUAUGCAAAUGAGGUCGACGAUAAGGAAACAGGGGCGGUUAAAACAGUUCUCACAGAAAAAGCCCCCAAAAGGGAACUGGAAGGAGGAGGUAUGAUACAAGCUAGCCCCGAAAGUCUAUCGGAUAAAUGUGUACUCUGUCCACUGUGCCAACAGCCAAAUCGUAUUAAUAUUGUUAACAAUGAAAAGAAGAGAAUAGUUCGAAUCCAGCAUCAUCUGAAAGUGUUGUCCCACGAUGGGGAAGUUGGGAAGUUUGAACGGUUCAUCAAAGCGAUGUCCAAGCGACAUAAAAAGAAUCCCGACAUCAAAUUUGCCCUUCUGGAUGCAAUAGUCGGCCGGAAAAAGGUUUCAAACAGUAUAGUUCCCGAUGAAGACGUGUUCCUUAAAAUGGAAAAGACAAUUCCAUACACAUCAAACCCUAUAGCUACAAGCAUGGUUUAUCUAUCAAGAAAGGGGUCGGCUAUCGCAACAAAAAAGCCAAUUGAAGAAGGGUUAAAAGAGCUAAAUGUAGCAAAGUCCCAUUCCGAGUUUAUCCAGCCAUGCAAGGACACUGGAAUGGUGUUAUACAUUGAGGUAAACCUUCUCAUGCAGCUCUUUGAAAAGAAUCCAAACCCGGAUCUUAAAAUGAAAAUUAUCAAAAGACUCGAUGAGGCCAUCAAUGUCCACUUCGCAGAGGAAGUCCCGGAGGACUACACAAGGAUGCUUUAUCUCAAAAUGGUUUUCUGUUACCUCGGAAUCCGCGUGGAUGCAGGAACAAUAGCUAACUACACACCAAGCGUGGAUGAUGUUCAGAAUGCCGAAUCUUGCCUCACUCUUAUAGACAGACUCCCAGCUUUGUUGGACAAAAGAAGGCGAAUGUUUUACCACGUGGCUAGAUCUGUGUUGUUCAAGUAUAGGGGCGUCCUUGAUCUUGCACUGGACCACGUGAACGCUGCAGUGGACAAGGCGAAGGAGGGUCAGUUUCAGAAGGAACACUUGUCUAUCAAAGACCUUGCUGACAAUGUCAGAGAGAUUAUUCGGGAUUGUGACGUUAAGCAGGAUGAACGAGGUGAAGCUUUGUUGCGGGAGCUGGACGAGGACCUUCUUCAGGACAAGGGCGUGUGUGAGAUGUCUUCAGAUGAUGACGACAUAUGAUUCUAUCUCCCCGAGAGAGAGCAUGGUUAGAUAUGUUGAAACGCGGUAAGGCCCCUGUGUAGAGACUCUGAAAGAAAUAUGCAUUGGAAACCUGUGACCGGAGAAAUUAUUUCUAAGGCAGGUUGUGUUAUUUCGAAAGAACACCAUUUAUAUAUUUGUGUAGGUUAUAUACAUGUGUUAUUUGUUUUGUUUGUUUGUUUUGAUAUCCCAAUUGCGUGAAUCAAUGCUCAUGAUGUCAAUCACUGGAUUGUCUGAUACAGAUUCGAUUAUUUACAGACCGCCGUCAUAUAGCUGGAAUAUUGCUGAGUGCGGCGUUAAACAACAAACAAACAAACAAACAGAACUGAAGACUCGGAUGAUGUAACCUUGACAAACAGCUUCUGGGCAAGAGUCGUAAGACGCUCUUUGGGAUCUUGCCAGAAAGAUCGUGCUCGAUUCUCCCUCAAAAGUUGUGAAAUGUUUACACCAAGUGCUAGAGCUGCAGGAGUAUUGCUCGAUAAAUACUAUAAAUAAAUAAUAAAGGAAAGUUAAAAUCGCCCCUCUUGUCAUCCAGUCUUGAGGAGAGAGUUUUGUCACUCUAAAUCUUUAUGCAUAGAUCCAAAUAUGAAACCGAUCAGGCAGUCUCACUGGUAAAUCAGUGGAAGGGAAUUGGCUAUUGGAUGGUGACAGAACGAUAUGAGAUCAUCGAUAUACCUGAAGCUUACGUUAAACUUCUUGGCCAAAUUACCCUGAAACUCAGAUUCAUACGCAUUAAGAAACAGAUCAGCAAGAGGCGGAGCACAAUGGGGUGGCCUACUUCUUGCCUAGACCGCCUCCGUGGUCUAAUGGUAGAGCGUCCGCCCGGAGAGCGGAAAGUACGGGGUUCGAUCCCC